AUGACCGUUCCAGGAGCUGCCCAACUGCUCCACGCAGUGGCCACGGUCGUCACCCUGCUGUUCGUGUUUGGAUCUUUUCUGGUCAAUUAUAAUCCCAAGGCACGCCCCAGGUCUUCGGUUCUACGGAAGACCGUCUUGAGAGGGAUAUUACUCCCCUGCAUUGCGGCAUCUUACAUAGUUGAGACGAUCAUCCUUGCUCGACAAGAGGAGGGUCUUGAUCAAAGUCCAGACCAUAUCUUUGCGGCCUUUGCAUUUGCGUUAGGCUGGGCUACAGCCUGUUUACGCAGAGAUAUCAUUGUCACGGAGGUUUCUGGCCUCGCGUUGCUUUCGCUUCUCUUUGGCAUCCCGGGGUUGGUCUUAGAUGCAAUUCAUCCUGAGCAGACUGCAUCGUAUCGAUCGCUGCUGGUCGUAGAGUCUGCUAGAUUAUUUCUUGUCAGUGGGGUUCUGAUAAACUGUUCAUUACACUUCCUCUCACGGAGAAAGGGGCUCAAGACUGGGGAAGAGGAGGAGACGAGGCCUUGUCUUGAUCCCUUGGGUGAUCAAUCGAUAAGCAGUCAGGUUUCAUAUGGUGCCACACCUGUGGCAUCUCGAUCUGCUAAUGAUAUUGAAACGUCCUCUGAUGAAGAGGGUUCCGAUUCCGAUGGCGACGGUGAUGAGGACAAGCUCGAUUCUCCUACCAGCAAACUUCGCAAGAGUGGUAGUUGGAUGACCUACCUCCAGAACUUCAAGGUCUUUCUGCCAUUCCUGAUUCCAAGAAAGAACCUCAAAGUCCAAGCUUGUCUUCUCGUCUGCGUUCUGUGCCUCAUCGCUGACCGCGUCUUGAACAUUCUCGUCCCUCGCCAGCUGGGCAUCGUGGCCGACAAGCUCUUCGCAAGAGAGUUACCGUCCUCGGAUCUGCUAAUCUAUUUCUCCCUCAACAUCUUACACGGCCAGUCUGGCCUGGGGAUGAUCGAAUCCCUGGCCAAAAUCCCCAUCGAGCAAUUUUCGUACCGACAGCUGACCAACGCCGCCUUCAACCACGUUAUGGGCCUCGCAAUGGAGUUUCAUUCUGACAGAGACUCCGCUGAGGUGAUGAAGGCGAUCGAGCAGGGUGAAGCGCUCACCAAUCUCCUGGAUGUCGCCAUGCUGGAAAUCACCCCUGCUGUUCUCGAUAUGGCUGUCGCAUACAUCUUCCUGUAUAAUAAAUUCAACUCGUCCGCUGCGCUGUGCAUGCUGGUGGCCUCGUUGGGCUUCACGGCCCUGGAAGUCGUCACAUCGGAUUGGAACGUGGACAACCGCCGUCGGCAGACCAAGAGUGAGCGCGCACAGGCGCGCGUCAUGCACCAGGCCAUUCAGGGGUGGCAGACGGUGUCCAUCUUCAACAUGUUCUCGUAUGAGCGGUACCGCUUCGGACAGGCUGUUGACACGCGGCUGUCAGCAUCGAGAGAUUGGUCCCGGAGAGAUGCGUUCACCACGGGCUUGACGGAGGCGUUCUUCCCGGCUACAUUUGCUAUUCUGGCGUACCUUGUCGCGCGCGAAGUCCAGCUGGGUCGUGCCUCUCCGGGAGACUUUGUCUUCCUCUCGCAGUACUGGGACUACCUCAUCUGGCCGAUCAAGUUUCUGUCAAAGGAUUACCGCUGGCUCGUCUCCCAACUCGUUGAUGCAGAGCGCUUGCUUGAUCUGCUCCUCACAAAGCCCACCGUCACUGACAAAGAGGGUGCGUCAGAUCUCGGCUCCGUGGAAGGGCGGGUUGAGUUCGAUCAUGUCGGGUUUUCUUACAAUGGCAGGAAAGCCACGAUCCAGGAUAUCAGCCUCUCUGCAGCGCCAGGCGAAACCAUUGCUCUAGUCGGCGCCACGGGCGCCGGUAAGACGUCCAUCACCAAGCUGCUCCUCCGUUACUACGACGUCGACUCGGGAAGCAUCCGAAUCGACGGCCGCGACAUCCGCGACGUGACGCAGGGAUCUCUGCGAGAUGUCAUCGGCGUUGUCCCGCAGGACCCCCUCCUUUUCAACGCAUCGAUCAUGGAGAAUCUCCGCUACGCGAAACCCUCCGCCUCGGACGAGGAAAUCUACAACGCCUGCCGAGCCGCGGCUAUCCACGACAAGAUUCUGACGUUCGCGAAAGGCUACCACACCAAGGUUGGCGAGCAAGGCGUCAAACUGUCCGGUGGGGAGGUCCAGCGUCUAGCGAUUGCACGAGUCUUCCUGAAAGAUCCGCCGAUCCUUGUCCUUGACGAGGCGACCAGUGCCGUUGACACGGAGACCGAGUCUGAGAUCCAGGGCGCGCUGAAGCGGCUGAGCAGUAGGAGGACCACUUUUGUGAUUGCGCACCGGCUCUCGACUGUUGUGAGGGCGGACCAGAUCAUGGUCGUGCAUGAUGGUGCUAUUGUUGAGAAGGGGACCCAUCAGGAGCUCUUGGGGAAGCGCGAGAGGUACUAUAAUCUCUGGCAGAAGCAGCUUCUUGGCUCGGGGGAGGAACAGGAGGUGUCGUUGGUGGAUCUAUAG